CCCCCCCCUUCCCUUCCUUUCCCCCCUCCUGUAUCCCCUCCCCGUCUCCCUUUCUCCCCUCUCUCUAGUUCCUCUAAUUGCAAGAUCCAAGUUGGGAACCGCAACUCGGGAUUCUGCUUCGCUCUCUCUCUCUCCCGCCCCCAAUCCCUCCCUCCCUCUUCUCCCCAGCCCUCCCUCCUCCGGCCCCGUGGAGGAUGAAGCCGCGGCAGCAGUGGCAGCAGCGCCAGCGGCAGCGGCGGCGGCUGCUGCGGUGGGGGUGGCCGGAACUGGGGCGGUGAAGAGGCGGCCGUGGUGGUAGUGGUGGCGGCGGCGGCAACAGCAGCAGCGGCUCCAGCCCAGUUCCCCUUCUUCCCGUACUCGUUAGUUACAGAGCCGGGAAGUUUUCUUUUGGGGGUGUGUGUGUGUGUGUGUGUGUGUGUGUGUGUGUGUCUUUUGUGUGCGUGUGUGUGUGUGCGCGUGUGUGUGUGUGUGUGUGUGCGCGCGCGCGCGCGUGUGUGUGUGUGUAAGGUCUGACUUGGGGGCGUGUGCGCGCCUCGGCUGGGGGCCGGGGUCGCGGUCGGGUUUUUUUUUUCCCCUCCUCUCUUUCCGUAGCCGGUCAGGGCCGCUCCGGGGCGCCCGGGCUGCAGCCCCAGGGGCUCCUCGGGCCGGAGGGCGGACGGGUUCCGUCCUUUUGUUGUUGUUUCCUCCGCGGCCCGGGUAGCUGAAGGGGGGGCCCGCCGGGGAGGGGCGGCUGGGAGCCGGGGCCCUGUGGCCCCCGGGGCUCCCGGACGGGCAGGGCCGGGCAGGGCAGGGCCGAGCGGGCUCCAACAUGAUGGCGGCCGAGGCGGCCGGGAGUGAGGAGGGCGGUCCGGCGACCGCAGGGGCGGGAGGCAGCGGAGGCGGCUCGGCCUCUGCCGCCGACCCCGGCCCCUGCGCGGCUGUGUGUCGGGUCAGGACCCCGGCGGCCCUACCCUGCCCCGCCGCCUCCUGCCCGGGCCCAGCGCCCGGGGUUGGGGCCCCAGCUUUGUGCUCGACUCUGGGAGCCGGGCCUGGGGCGGGAGGUGCUCCCGCCGCCGCCGGCUCCUCGGGGGACGCCGCCCCCUCCAAGAGCGCCCCGGUGCCCGCCGACACCUCCGUCCCGGGGGGCUUCCCGCCUCUGCCGCCACCGCCGCAGCUGCCCGCCCCCCUGGGCGGGGGCCCGGGGACUGUGGACGAAGGCGACUCCCUGGACGGACCCGAGUACGAGGAAGAGGAGGUGGCCAUUCCUCUGAACGCGCCCCCCACCAACCAAUGGUAUCAUGGAAAACUUGAUCGAACCAUAGCAGAAGAACGCCUCCGGCAAGCAGGGAAACCUGGCAGUUACUUAAUACGGGAGAGUGAUCGGAGGCCAGGAUCUUUUGUACUUUCAUUCCUUAGCAAAACAAAUGUUGUCAAUCAUUUUAGGAUUAUUGCUAUGUGUGGAGAUUAUUAUAUUGGUGGAAGACGAUUUUCUUCAUUAUCCGAUCUGAUCGGUUAUUACAGUCAUGUGUCCUGUUUGCUUAAAGGAGAAAAAUUACUUUAUCCAGUAGCACCUCCCGAGCCAGUGGAAGACAGAAGGCGUGUACGAGCAAUCCUGCCUUAUACAAAAGUACCAGACACAGAUGAAAUCAGUUUCCUUAAAGGAGACAUGUUUAUUGUUCAUAAUGAAUUAGAAGAUGGAUGGAUGUGGGUUACAAAUCUGAGAACAGAUGAACAAGGCCUUAUUGUUGAAGAUCUAGUAGAAGAAGUGGGUCGUGAAGAAGAUCCACAUGAAGGCAAAAUAUGGUUCCAUGGGAAGAUUUCCAAACAAGAAGCUUAUGCUUUAUUGAUGACAGUAGGUCAAGUUUGCAGUUUCCUUGUGAGGCCAUCUGAUAAUACUCCUGGAGACUAUUCACUUUAUUUUCGGACCAGUGAAAAUAUUCAGCGUUUUAAAAUAUGUCCAACACCCAACAAUCAGUUUAUGAUGGGAGGCCGAUACUAUAACAGCAUUGGUGACAUCAUUGAACAUUAUCGGAAGGAACAGAUUGUUGAAGGCUACUAUCUUAAGGAUCCUGUCCCAAUGCAGCAUCAAGAACAAGUACUUAAUGAUUCGGUAGAUGGCAAUGAAAUCUACAAUACAAUUCGUCGCAAAACAAAGGAUGCCUUUUAUAAAAAUAUUGUUAAAAAAGGCUAUCUUCUAAAAAAGAGCAAAGGAAAGCGGUGGAAAAAUUUAUAUUUUAUCUUAGAGGGAAAUGAUGCCCAGCUUAUUUAUUUUGAAAGUGAAAAACGAGCCACAAAACCAAAAGGAUUAAUAGAUCUCAGUGUUUGUUCUGUCUAUGUUGUUCAUGAUAGUCUGUUUGGCAGGCCAAACUGUUUUCAGAUAGUAGUUCAGCACUUUAGUGAAGAGCAUUACAUCUUUUACUUUGCAGGAGAGACUCCAGAGCAAGCACAGGAGUGGAUGAAAGGUCUACAGACAUUUUGCAAUUUACGAAAAACUAGUCCAGGGACAUCUAACAAACGCCUUCGUCAGGUUAGCAGUCUUGUUUUACAUGUUGAAGAAGCUCAUAAACUCCCAGUAAAACAUUUUACUAAUCCAUAUUGUAAUAUAUACCUGAAUAGUGUUCAGGUAGCAAAAACACAUGCAAGAGAAGGACAAAAUCCUGUAUGGUCAGAAGAGUUUGUCUUUGAUGAUCUCUCACCAGAUAUUAAUAGAUUUGAAAUAAGUCUAAGUAACAAAACAAAGAAGAGCAAAGAUUCUGACAUAUUGUUUAUGCGCUGCCAGUUGAGCCGGUUACAGAAAGGGCACGCGACAGAUGAAUGGUUCCAGCUCAGUUCUCAUAUACCAUUAAAAGGUAUUGAACCAGGCUCAUUGCGUGUCAGAGCACGAUAUUCUAUGGAGAAAAUCAUGCCAGAAGAAGAGUACAGUGAAUUUAAAGAGCUUAUUCUACAAAAAGAGUUGCAUGUAGUCUAUGCUUUAUCACACGUGUGUGGACAGGAUCGAACACUAUUGGCUAGCAUCUUACUGAAGAUUUUUCUUCAUGAAAAGCUUGAAUCGUUGUUGUUACGAACACUAAAUGACAGAGAAAUAAGCAUGGAAGAUGAAGCUACUACCUUAUUUCGAGCUACCACACUUGCAAGCACCUUGAUGGAACAGUAUAUGAAAGCCACAGCCACACGUUUUGUUCAUCAUGCUCUGAAAGACACUAUUUUAAAGAUAAUGGAAAGCAAGCAGUCUUGUGAAUUAAAUCCUUCAAAGUUAGAAAAAAAUGAAGAUGUAAACACUAACUUAGUACACCUAUUGAACAUACUUUCAGAGCUUGUGGAAAAAAUAUUCAUGGCUGCAGAGAUUUUGCCUCCGACGUUGAGGUAUAUUUAUGGGUGUUUACAGAAAUCUGUACAACACAAAUGGCCAACGAACACAACCAUGAGAACCAGGGUUGUUAGUGGUUUUGUUUUUCUUCGACUUAUCUGUCCUGCUAUCCUUAAUCCACGGAUGUUUAAUAUCAUCUCAGAUUCUCCUUCUCCUACUGCUGCAAGAACACUGACACUGGUGGCUAAAUCUGUGCAGAAUUUAGCGAAUCUUGUUGAGUUUGGUGCCAAGGAGCCUUACAUGGAGGGAGUAAAUCCAUUUAUCAAGAGUAACAAACAUCGUAUGAUCAUGUUUUUAGAUGAACUUGGGAAUGUACCAGAACUUCCAGACACUACAGAUCAUUCUAGAACUGACUUGUCACGUGAUCUAGCAGCAUUGCAUGAAAUUUGUGUGGCACAUUCAGAUGAACUUCGAACACUCAGUAAUGAGCGUGGUGUACAGCAGCAUGUCUUAAAAAAGCUCCUGGCUAUUACAGAACUGCUUCAACAAAAACAAAACCAGUAUUCAGUGACAAAUAACAUCAGGUAGCAGCCUUUGCCUUAGUAUUCUGCAUGGAUUCAGCAUGCCCAACAUGGUAUAAUUCCCAUCAGUAUCACUUUCUCCUUGCUCUUGCCAAAAAUAGCACACCUUUCCACAUUCCCAGGGAUGUGUGAACUAUGCAAAACAAAAACCCAAGAUUCUGCUGGGGGAGUGUUGUGCCAGCAGCUUUGUAAGCUAUCUGUGCAGGAUAUUUGCACUUUGUUUUUUCCACAUGGAAUGAAUCUUUAACAACCUCUGAGCCUUGGUGUACAGAUCACCUUUCAUAAAGUAAAAUGCUGUGACUGUCUCUUGAACUUCAAAAAUUUAUUUUCAAUACAUCCAAUUGCCAAAGUUUCGCUGCCUAUUGGAAAAAGAAUUAUGUCGUCAACUGACAAGAAAGAAAAGCCUUCUCUUUUGACAGCUGAGUAUAACUGGAUUGAAAAAUUUUCUUACUGUAACUUCUUCCUUGUUGGGAAGAUGACCGUUUGACUGUUCGAUCACUUUAUUUGUAUUUACAGUUUCCAGAGUUUGCCAUUAUAAUAGGAAAAAUCUUUGUUGUAUACUUUUUUUUUAUACUGUACUGUUUUCUCUUGCCUGGAUUGUGUUGAAAGAGAAUGUUCAGAAUGGUAUUUGUCAGCUUUAUUUUUUAAAUGUGCCAUUGAUUUUGUCUGUUUGAGUAAUUCUUUCAUCAAAGACAGUGAAUUCAGAUAAAUCUCAAUGCUUUUGUAAAAUGUUUACAACAGUAAAUAAUUUGAAUUCAAUAAAUUUAUUGAUCAUUGUUAUCAGUCAUGCAUGCCUUCAUUAAACCAUUUUAUAAAAUAUAAAUUUGUUGUCUUUUAUGUAAAGCCAAACCUAAGCAUUACCUUUGUUUAAAACACUCAACCAUUCCGAAUUUUUGUGCUAUUUUAAAUUAGAUAAAACCACAUCUGUUGCUCGUUAAAAAAUUCUCAUUGGUUGAGAGCUGCACUUCAUGAAGGGAUAUUUUGUUUGACUACAUAGUUUUAUUUAUUGACAAGAUUUGCUUCUGUAUUUUUUUGUGUGAAAUUCACAAAAACAAAGUUGAAAUAAAGUCAAAGGGGUCUUGUGUUA